CUUCGGGCGGCUCUGCGCACGCGCGGCGGGCGCCGACGGGUGCGGACAGCGCCCCCUGGCGGUCUCGCAGGGGCUCCUCCCGGCGGUCGGGUCCCGGGUUCGAGUCCCGCUCGCUCCGCUCGCCGUGGCCGCCAUGUCGUUUCUCGACCCCCGCGGCGCCCCGCGGCUGCCCGGCGGCUUCGAGGAGCUGCUGCAGGGGAUGGCGCGGGAGGUGCUGAGGGCGCAGCCCGACGACGUGCCGGGCUUCAUCGCCCGAUACUUCGAGGCGCUGCUGGCUGAGAGGGAGCGCAGCUCCGCUGCGCCGGACGGGGACGCAGGAGAGGCCGGGGCGGCGCGGAGCAGCGGGGCGGUGCCGGAGCGCCAGCGCCGUCCCCGCGCCCGCCUGCUGAGCUCCGACGACGCCGCUACGAAAAUCCAGGCUGCGUUCCGGGGCUUCUGCGCACGCCGGGGGCUGCGGGGGCCGCGCAGAGCCUUCUCCGAGCCCCCCUGCCCGGCCUCGGGCCCCCGGGACGCCCCGUAACCGGCACGGCUCCGCCGGGAGCGGCCCGACCCGAACGUCCUGACCCAAAACGAGGAGCCGCGAUUGAAGAACCUACAUUUCCCUCCCAGGCGGCUCGCAGGGCGGAUAAUUAUCUCUCGCGCUGCCGCCAAGGCGCUUGCAUAAUGAGAACUUAAUAAAAUGCCUCCAGUAACGCUC